AACAAUUGAUAUCUUGGUUCGCCGGACAGAGCGACGCUUUUUUCUGUUAGAUUUUUUCGUCUUACGCAUCCAAUAAGCUUAAUUUAUUGUCUUUCGCGUGUAAACGCGAUACUUCAUAAUUAUCUAAACUUGGUAUGGAGUCUACCGAUCUGUUAAUGGAAUCAGCCGACAAACGGGACGUUCGCGUUAAAGAGAAUGUUUGUGAGAUUUUGGAAUUGGCUGGGAUUAAAGAGUCUGAUUUAAAUACGGUAACGCAAUGUUUAUAUUCCACGCAAGAUCAUCAAGUCAAUGACAUGAUAUUGCUAGAAGUAGACGAGGAUAUAUUAAAGGGACUAAAUCAAGAAGAUGCACUAUCAUUUCGUGGUAACAAACAUGAUAACGCUAUGCUGUGUACACAAACUCGUAGCUACGAGGUAAGGGAGGCAGAGAUAUCCAAUUCAUGGUUGUUGGUACCAAAUCUAAAGCUGGGUAAGGCAACAGGUAUUGGAGAAGUUGCAGAAAGAACUAUAGAAAAACAUAAUGUAAAGAGGAUAUUUAACUUGUACUACGAGGUGAAAGAAACCAAACCUGAUCUGGUACGUUUAUCGAGUUUGCUUAACUCUUCUUCCUUCAAUGGAUUGGAAUAUGAAUCUACUGUAGAUAAAAAUACAUUAUACAGUUGGGAAAGAUUACAAAAUGUGUUACAAGCCAGUGAUCAAGAAUUAAAACAGGCUCUAUCAGAUUUCUUAAUAGCUGAAAUAGAUGGUUAUUUACGUCUCAUAUCAUUUGACGUAGAAGCAAGAAGUUUUAAUCUCAUGUUGGAUUAUUUUGGAGAACAAUCUUGGGAACUUGAUGAAGUAGAUAAAGAGAAUACUUAUGAAUGUUUAAACGAACUUAUUUAUAAGCCAGUAUUUGAUGUUAUAUUCAAAAGAUAUACAGAAGUAAGCACAAAGACAAAGGAUAAUGGAGAUCCAUUGUAUAAGUUUGACGAACAAAAAUGCUGUGCAGUGAUAGCGAAAAUUCUUCUUGCUGCUUCUCCUGUUACCGAAUAUAAAGAAUUCAUGGAAACGUGGAACAUUGGAACUCCUGAAAAAAUGCAGCCAAAACAAGAAUAUUUACGUGGUUUAGCUCUUAUAAUGUACAAUACUGCAAAAGUACAAAAGGAAGUCAUAUCUUGUCCAGAGGCAGAUUUAUCCAAUAACAUUCAUGAUAGGCUUAAUGAACUUUUCGAAAUUAAAGCUAAAUGGACUGUUGAAGAGAUAACACCUUAUAUUAUUCGUUUUACAAAAGGUGUAAUUAAUGUUAAUGCACUUUUAACGAAGUAUGCCAGAUGUUCAACAAAAAAUGGGAUAAAAUAUUAUGGAUCGAAACAUGGCAAGUGAUAAGUAUAUUUGUAGUAUGCAUUCAAUUGUUUUACAAUAAAUAUUGAUACAUAUGUUAUUGAUUUAUUAUAU